CUCCGGGCGAUGGCGGCGCCCAAUGCGCUGCUGGUGAUGGGCGUGAGCGGCUCGGGGAACUAGGGUGGAAAUUCUACGAUGCAGAUGACUAUCACCCAGAGGAAAAUCGGAUGAAGAUGGGAAAAGGGAUACCUCUGAAUGACCAGAGCACAUAGGUCUCCUCAUAAAGCACAGAGUUCUUUGUGGUCUGCAAAUCUGGAGCUGGACAGGAUUCCAUGGCUCUGCAACUUGCAUGACAUUUUACAAAGAGAUGUAGCCUCUGGACAGCCUGUAAUUCUUGCCUGUUCAGCUCUGAAGAAAGUAUACAGAGACAUCUUAAUACAAGGAAAAGAUGGUGCACCUCUGAAGUGUGAUGAGUCAGGAAAGGAAGAAAAGCUGGCUGAAGUGAAGCUCCUUGUGGUCCAUCUGACUGGGUCGUUCGAGGUCAUCUCUGGACGCUUACUCAAAAGAAAAGGGCAUUUUAUGUCCCCUGAGUUAUUGCAGUCCCAGUUUGAUACUUUGGAGCCCCCAUCAGCUCCAGAAAAUUUCAUUCAAAUCAGUGUGGACAAAAAUCUUUCAGAGAUAAUUGCUACAAUUAUAGAAACUCUAAAAUGAAGUGAGAAUCAUCUAUAUCAGUGGUCCAGAACACAACUGGGCAUAACUCUGUCUCCCAUCCCAAACCAUGUUCCAGUAUCCUUGUUGAUACUGUAUUCUAGAUUCUUCUUAAGGUGAAUAAACCAUAAUGUAUUGAGAUAUGCUUGUUUGGGUGGAUUUUUAGGAAUCUGUGAUACUCUUGUCAUCAUGCUCUGGCAUAUUCAGAGAAAAGGAGAGGAAACUUUGAAAGUGAAGUUUCAAUUGAACUUUAAAUUCGUGUGACCCAAUCAAAUAAUCAGAGGAAAUUCUAUAAUCUAUGCUGUAAACCAUGACUUAUUUAGAACACUUUUGAUCAUGCCUGUACUUGGACAAAUAAAUGAAACCUGGCUAUCCUUGGCACCCUCUGGAGAUCGGUCUCAGGAGCAGAAAAGCGGACAAAAUUGACCACUCACCAGCAAGUCAUGUUACACCACACACCUCUAAUUUCUCUCUCUCUUU